AUGGUUCUACGCGACAUUUCUGCUGCUCUAUCAAUACCCCCCAACUCCUUUACUCUUAGCUCCGCUCAGCAUAACGCCUGGGGGCCCCUAUUACCUGGGGGCCCCCCCAUACAGGAGGGGCCCCUAUUACCUGGGGGCCCCCCCUUACAGGGGGUCCCCCCCUCAUUUAAGCAGCAGUCAAUCCAAUCAUCUUCCUCUUCUCUUUACCCUAUCAAAGACCAUCAAACCUCUACUGGGGGCCCCUCUACUGGGGGCCCCUCUACAGGAGGCCCCUCUACUGGGGGCCCCACUACAGGGGGCCCCUCUACAGGGGGCCCCUCUACAGGGGGCCCCUCUACUGGGGGCCCCCCUACUGGGGGCCCCUCUUCUAGGGGGCCCCCUUUGUGGGCGAAUCGUCUGUUGUUCUCAGAGCUUCUGGGUUUGCUGCGCCCUGUGGCAUAUAUUCUUCAGAAUUACCCUCAAGAGUUGCUGCAGCCUCUGUUUGUGCUGCUGCAACACGAAAUGCAGCAGCAGAUCUCUAUUGAUAGCCUCAGGAAAGGAGUUGCUGCCGCCGUCCGCCACAUCACAGACGUAAUACAUCAAGAUCCUGAGGCCCACAACCAAGCAGCGGAUGCUGUCGCUCUUGCUGCUGCUGCUGCUGCUAGACAUGCAGAGGCAUUGGAGAGGUCCGCAGACUCAGACGAGGCAGCAGCAGAAGCAGCAGCAGCAGCAGCGGCUGCUGCUGCUGCUGCUGAAGCAGCAGCAGCAGAAUGCCAGAAGGCAGCAGCAGCAGCAAAUCACGAAGCAGAAACCACCACAGGCGGAGUGCUGACGGCUCUAGACGACUUCUUUCAGCGAUCCGAGGCGUUUCGUGGGCACGUGCAAGCGCAUUUGUUUGUUAGGCAUUUGAUUUCUGUGGCGUUGGCUGCCGAUGACUUUUUGUUGGUUUUGCUGCGCGACUUUAUCCGGGUUUCUCUUCCCUCUGUUCCUCUAGAAGGUCCCGUUGCUGCUGCUGCUGCUGCUGCUGCUAGCGCCAGCAGCGCCAAAGACAGACUCCGUGAGAUACUGCAGGAGUUGCAGCACAUUGAAGACAGCGACAGCAUGGUGACCUCUGGGUUAAAGCCCCCUAUCAAUGGCUCUGAGGGGACCCCCCUGCCUCAAUUGGGGGGCCCCCUAGAGGGGGCCCCUCUUAACCAUUCAGAAGAGGGGGCCCCCCCUCAGUCUGCAGCAGCAUUUUCUUUCACGGCGACUGAUGUAGGGGCCCCUAUACCAAUAGGGGGGCCCUCAGAAAAGGGUGAGGGCUUAGCAGCUGGGGGCACCCUAGAAGGCCCCUAUGGGGGCCCCCCAGAAGGCCCCUAUGGGGGCCCCUAUGGGGGCCCCUUGGGGGCCCCCUCUGCUGGGGCCCCCUCCGCUGGGGGCCCCUCUGCCGGGGGCCCUCGUGGGGCGCGUUGGAAAGAACUGUGUGAUGAGGGUUUGCAUGCGAUUUUGGUGCUGCAGCGGGGGCGGCAGCAGCAGCUGCGGGAGCUGCAGCAGCAGCAAGGGAAAGUGUGGGGCUUGCUGCAGCGAGCCUUAACGUUUGAUAGUAUUAACGAAAUGAUAUAUUUAAAGAAGCAUAAACCCCCCCUCUGCUUGCAUGCAGUGCAGCAGCAGCGACGCAACAGCAAACAAAAAGAAACAGAAGAUGCAGCAGCAGAGGCCUCGGCUGCUGCUCACGCCAGCAGCAGCAGCAGCAGCAGCACGGCCAUAAACCCGAAAGCAGCGGGUCACCACGCGUCCUUUGCGUACAGCAACGGGUGGAGUUUGCCUCAGCUGCGCAACGACGGGGGAAUGAAAUUAAUUGUUUCAAACCUAACGCCUUAUUAUCUACCAAGAACAAUAUCCUGCAGCAGCAGCAGCAACAGCAGCAGCAGCAGCAACAGCAGCAGCAGCAACAGCAGCAACAGCAGCAACAACAGCAGCAGCAGCAGCAGCGAGAGCAGCAAUGGCGCCGGGUUGGCUGCAGGAGCCAUCCGCACUGCUACUACUACUGCUGCUGCUGCUGCUGAACCACCUGCAGCAGCAGCAGCAGCAGCAGCAACAGGACCAGCCGCAGCAACAGCAGCAGCAGCAGCAGGAGGAAGAGGAAGCAAUUCAAGAAGUUGUUUGUCUUUUGAAUUAGAUGGUUUGUUUGUUCUUACAGGAGAAAAUAUGAGCGGAAAGAGUACCCUCUGCAGAUCCCUACUUGCACUUGUCGUACUCGCAAACGCUGUGGUGCCGCGUUAUUCUUCAUUUUUGUCUUCUUCUCAUUUAUCGUUUGAUUCUCCAAAUGAAAAUAUUUCUUUCUUUUUACAUGAGGCACAGCAGCUUAAAACUCUCUUGCGGCAUACCUUAAACAGCGUCGCCCCUACUCAUCAUGCUGCUGAUGCUGCUGCUGCUCCACCAGCAGCAGCAGCAGCAGCAGCAGCACAGGGAACAGCAACAGCAGAGGGAACAGCAGCAGCAGUAUCACAGGGAACAGCAGCAGCACAGGGAACAGCAGCAG